GUCGCAAAGCUUGACCGCAAAUGGGCUCCAACCAUCGCGAAACAGCCCCUGAUGUUCCGCCCGUGAAACCCCGUCGCUCUCUCCGUACGGCAACCUAGCUGAAUACGAAACAUGCCGGCUAAAGGUCCCCUGCAAUCUGUCCAGGUUUUCGGGCGUAAAAAAACCGCCACUGCAGUCGCCCACUGCAAGAGAGGCAAUGGCCUGAUUAAAGUGAACGGCAGACCCCUGGAGAUGGUGGAGCCCGCCACCCUCCAGUACAAGCUUCUCGAGCCCGUGCUUCUGCUGGGCAAGGAGCGUUUUGCUGGAGUGGACAUCAGAGUCCGAGUCAAGGGAGGCGGACAUGUAUCGCAGGUUUAUGCCAUCCGUCAGGCCAUCUCCAAAUCCCUGGUGGCAUACUAUCAGAAAUAUGUGGAUGAGGCCUCCAAGAAGGAGAUCAAGGACAUCCUGAUCCAGUACGACAGGACCCUGUUGGUUGCCGACCCGCGUCGCUGCGAGUCCAAGAAGUUCGGUGGACCCGGAGCUCGCGCCCGCUACCAGAAGUCCUACCGUUAAAGGCUUUGAACAUUUUCAUAGUAAUAAAAGUGGAUGUAAACCCCAGAAAAGUGACAAUCUGUCCUCAUUUGUACUGGGCAGCACCGGUGUGUUGGAUGCUUUGCUUCUGAAGUGGCACUUUGUAAUAAAAACAGCCAAUACA